AGUCCCGUGCAACCCGUCCACCUCCACCACCUCCAACCGCGAGAACGAUCUGAGAUGUCUCUACCACCCAUAUUCUACCACUAUUUUCGGCUACCGCUGCCCUAUGUUCGUACACUCGCACUGCAGGAACAGCUGCACACGCUGCAACUUGCGCAACGCCGGAUAGGAACACACAAGGACAUCCUUCUCUUGCUCGAGCACCGCCCAGUCUAUACUGCUGGCCGCCGCCAGCUCUCGAGCGACCCGGCAGUGCUCGCGGACGAGCAGCGUCUGACGCGCAUCGGCGCAGACUUCGUCGCCACGAAGCGCGGCGGGCAGUACACGUACCACGGACCGGGUCAGCUCAUCGGCUACCCGCUGCUCGACCUCGGGCGCACGGCGCCGCCGACGGGCAUCCGCGACUACAUCUGCCAGCUGCAGACCGCGCUGCGGCGGCACCUCGCCGAGGCGCACGACAUCGUCACGAGCGCCGCGAACGACAGUACGGGCGUGUUCCUCGACGCGCACAACAAGGUCGCGAGCAUCGGCGUCCAGGUCCGCCACCGCCUCACCGCGCACGGGUUCUCCCUCAACGUCACGCCCGAGCCGCUCGCGUGGUUCGACCAGGUCGUCGCGUGCGGCCUUGAAGACGUCAAGGCGGCGUGCAUCGCGAACGCGUCGCAGAGGCACAGUCCAGAUGAUGUGAGUGUAGAGGGAGAGAUCUCUGGUUUGACCGAGAGACUCGGACGCGCUUUCGGACGUGAUAUGGCCCCGCUGGACCUGAAGGCUGAGCCGGAGAUCGGAAUGAUGAUCGAAGAGGUGGAAGAAGAAGCCAGAAAAGUUGGAGACUGGCACAAAGAGCCGUUAGUGCAAUCACAGCGAGGUUGUUUCGGCAGCCGUUAGCGUAGGUGAGUACAGCUUUGGUCGUCGACAGAUCCAUGAACCGACAAGUACAGUUUUAACCCUCCUUAGAGACACU